AUGGCGGAUAAUAAAAAUCCGCAAUUAAAAAUCGCGGAGGCGGAGAGCUGCCAUCUGGAGCUCAAUCGAUUGUAUGCAGUGACGAAAGAGAAGGUGGAAAUCGUUAGAAUUGGAAACUCUUCAAACGACAGCAAGCAGCUGAAAACUGACGUAAAAGAAGCGCAACGUCUUCUGCGAGCGAUGCAAGUGAAAAUUGCGCAUCUGAAGAGUCUUUCCAAAGAAAUUCCCUCGCUAAACGACCGCAAAACCAUUGAAAUAAAUGUGUUGAGUCACGAGAAACAGAUGAGUCUGCUGCAGAAAAAAUUGAAAGAAGGAGCGGAAGACGUGGGCAAAGAUAUUGCCGCCGAGGAACGACGAUCACUGCUGCUGACGAAAGAUGGAAAAUUGGCAACGGGGAACAUAAAAAUUGCGAGUCAUGAAGAGAGAGCCACCCGUCUCCAAGACCUGCUCGCUCGAAUGUCACAACAAGUGGAUAGUGGAGAACAAGCGAUGAGCUCUCUCGUGCAUUCCUCAUCAGUUUUAGGGCAAACUCAUGCCGAAUACGAUAAUCAGAAGGGGCAUAUAAUGACCGGCAACAAACUGCUUUCAAAAUACGAGCAACGAGAAUUCACCGAGAAGAUUCUACUCGUCUUUUUCUUUCUCUUCUAUUUUGGCAUGGCAACAGCUUCAGAAAAUGUAGAGAAUGCGAAACCUAUCAAUAUGGUAGAAUUAGUCCAUGAUCUCGCGAAUCUGCUUCGUGAAUCCAAAGACGACGAGGCGAAACGUCUUCUGACACGUCAUCCGAAUCUCAUCGCCUUCAAAGAUGAUUCCGGGCGGUCUACUGUUCAUUUCGCCGCAGUCGCUGGAAGUUUGCCUCUUCUUCAAUUCGCGUUGCUCAACGGCCCAGAAAUGGCGAAUAAGGAAGACGACCUCGGCUGGACACCUCUUAUGAUCGCCAGCUCCGCCGGUCGCCUCGAAAUCGUUCGUUACUUGCUAAGUCUCCCCUUUGUCCAGGUGGCCCACACAAACAGUAAUAAGCAGACCAGUCUUCAUUACGCCUGCAGUAAAAACCACGUGGAAAUCGCGAAAUUGCUCAUCGAAGCGGACCCGAGUUGUAUCAAUUUUCCGGAUAAGUUCGGAGCGACAGCGUUGCACCGAGCUGCUAGUCGUGGAAAUGAUAUCAUUGCGAGAGCAUUGAUUGCGACGGGAAAGUGUAGUUUGGAUCGGCAGGAUAGUGAGGGAAAUUCGGCGUUACAUCUCGCUUGUGACGAAGGCCGCACCGACGUGGCACUCCUUCUCGUGCAUCGUGGCGCUGACAUUGGACUCAACAACAACGAAAAACAAACACCACUUCAGAUGGUCAAGGAUUCUGAAUUACGUCAGAAGUUGAAGUUGUCGGUGACGCAGAAAAAGUGA